GUUGCAAAGAGUUCAUUAAACUUUCAACCACAAAUUGAUAACAACAACCAAGCUGAGCCACCAUGCUAACAAAGUGAAAUGGAGGAGGAAAGAACAAAACAACACUGUUUUAAUCCAGUGUUGACUCCAGGUAAUCAAUAAUGUUUUGCAUUUGUAAAGAAACGUCUACGUGUCAACGUGGGUUAUCUAGCUACCUAACAUAAACUAGCUAACCUAAGCUAGCUAUCCGCCAGCUGUUUCGAACAGUGAGUGUACGUUAGCUGGUUGUUAGCCACUGAACGUUAUUAGCUAGCUAGAAAGUUAGCAAGAAACUUGUAUCCUAGUCUAAAUAGUCCCCUACUUAUUUGGCAAGAUAGCUAACUAGUUACGUAACUAGUUAGCUAACUAGAACACUUAGCUUAUUUUGGUUGUCUAGCUACCUAGUUAGAUAACGUACUAGUUUGAGUCAGUGCAUGGAAGGUGCAAGUUGCUAAAUACUUUUUGGGGGACUUAUUGUUGCCUAGGUUCAGUGAGUUUCUCCGUGAUGCAGGAACAUUUGUUUUUCAUGUAGCUACCUAGCACAUUUGUAAAAAUAUUUUUUGUUACCUUUCACUGACUGUUCUAGUGCAGCAUCGUUGGAAAGAUUUCAGAUUUAUCAAACCUUUAUCAAGUUAUGAUACUGCUAUUACACAUUAACUAAAUGUAUCUGUCAAUCUCUACAGAUCCAGGGGGGGAGAAGCCCCGUCGAGAUGGGCCGGAUGAACCUAUCGCUGUGGCGGUGAUUGGCAGGCAGCUGACUGAACCAGGGCGCUUUGCCUACGCUGGGCUCUGUGGGGUCUCCUUGGGCCAGCUGUUUCCUGGACCUGAGAACAGGUACAGUACUGCAGGGGUUCCCAAACGACCCCUCACACGCCCCACAAUUUGGCACAAUUUGGCAACCACUGCUGUACUGUACCCUCAGAAUAACUGUACCAAAUAUGUACAGUGCAUUCGGAAAGUAUUCAGACCCCUUGACUUUUUCCACAUUUUGUGACAUUACUGCCUUAUUCUAAAAUGGAUUAAAUUGUUUUUUUCCCCCUCAUCAAUCUACACACAAUAACCAAUAACUGUCCAAGAUGGAGUAGCAGUGCGGUCGUGUAUUCUGUUGUGUCCUCGUGUAAAUAGCCUGUUUUUUUGUAUUUUUUCGUAUAUAUUUCUCGCUCACUUUCCAUCCUUUAACUAAAUAUACUUUCCUGCAACCCGCCUCACCCAAUGUGGAACGGAUUCUAUUAUUUCUUCAUUUUUAUCAAGAACCUAUGGCUGAAACUAGCCAGCUAGCCAGCUAACUAGCUACUUGCUAUUAGCCACCGUUUGCAGUCUUCACCACUGUCGGUGGCCUGUACUACCUACCAGCCAGCUCUAGCCUGGACAAUUAUCAAAUCAAAUCAUAUCAAAUUUUAUUGGUCACAUGCGCCGAAUACAACAGGUGCAGACAUUACAGUGAAAUGCUUACUUACAGCCCUUAACCAACAGUGCAUUUAUUUUUAACAAAAAAAGUAAAAAUAAAACAACAACAAAAAAAGUGUUGAGAAAAAAAAGAGCAGAAGUAAAAUAAAGUAACAGUAGGGAGGCUAUAUAUACAGGGGGGUACCGUUGCAGAGUCAAUGUGCGGGGGCACCGGCUAGUCGAGGUAGUUGAGGUAAUAUGUACAUGUGGGUAGAGUUAAAGUGACUAUGCAUAAAUAAUUAACAGAGUAGCAGCAGCGUAAAAAGGAUGGGGUGGGGGGGGCAGUGCAAAUAGUCCGGGUAGCCAUGAUUAGCUGUUCAGGAGUCUUAUGGCUUGGGGGUAGAAGCUGUUGAGAAGUCUUUUGGACCUAGACUUGGCACUCCGGUACCUCUUGCCGUGCGGUAGCAGAGAGAACAGUCUAUGACUAGGGUGGCUGGAGUCUUUGACAAUUUUGAGGGCCUUCCUCUGACACCGCCUGGUAUAGAGGUCCUGGAUGGCAGGAAGCUUGGCCCCAGUGAUGUACUGGGCCGUACGCACUACCCUCUGUAGUGCCUUGCGGUCGGAGGCCAAGCAGUUGCCAUACCAGGCGGUGAUGCAACCAGUCAGGAUGCUCUCGAUGGUGCAGCUGUAGAAUAUUUUGAGGAUCUGAGGACCCAUGCCAAAUCUUUUCAGUCUCCUGAGGGGGAAUAGGCUUUGUCGUGCCCUCUUCACGACUGUCUUGGUGUGUUUGGACCAUGAUAGUUCGUUGGUGAUGUGGACACCAAGGAACUUGAAGCUCUCAACCUGUUCCACUACAGCCCCGUCGAUGAGAAUGGGGGCGUGCUCAGUCCUCUUUUUUUUCCUGUAGUCCACAAUCAUCUCCUUUGUCUUGGUCACGUUGAGGGAGAGGUUGUUGUCCUGGCACCACACGGCCAGGUCUCUGACCUCCUCCCUAUAUGCUGUCUCAUCGUUGUCGGUGAUCAGGCCUACCACUGUUGUGUCGUCGGCAAACUUAAUGAUGGUGUUGGAGUCGUGCCUGGCCAUGCAGUCAUGGGUGAACAGAGAGUACAGGAGGGGACUGAGCACGCACCCCUGAGUGGCCCCCGUGUUGAGGAUCAGUGUGGCAGAUGUGUUGUUACCUACCCUUACCACCUGGGGGCGGCCCGUCAGGAAGUCCAGGAUCCAGUUGCAGAGGGAGGUGUUUAGUCCCAGGAUCCUUAGCUUAGUGAUGAGCUUAGAGGGCACUAUGGUGUUGAAUGCUGAGCUGUAGUCAAUGAAUAGCAUUCUCACGUAGGUGUUCCUCUUGUCCAGGUGGGAAAGGGCAGUGUGGAGUGCAAUAGAGAUUGCAUCAUCUGUGGAUCUGUUGGGGCGGUAUGCAAAUUGGAGUGGGUCUAGGGUUUCUGGGAUAAUGCUGUUGAUGUGAGCCAUGACCAGCCUUUCAAAGCACUUCAUGGCUACAGACGUAAGUGCUACGGGUCGGUAGUCAUUUAGGCAGGUUAUCUUAGAGUCAUUGGGCACGGGGACUAUGGUGGUCUGCUUGAAACAUGUUGGUAUUACAGACUCAGUCAGGGACAUGUUGAAAAUGUCAGUGAAGACACUUGCCAGUUGGUCAGCACAUGCUCGGAGUACACGUCCUGGUAAUCCGUCUGGCCCUGCGGCCUUGUGAAUGUUGACCUGCUUAAAAGUCUUACUCACAUCGGCUACGGAGAGCGUGAUCACAUAGUCAUCCGGAACAGCUGGUGCUCUCAUGCAUGCUUCAGUGUUGCUUGCCUCGAAGCGAGCAUAGAAGUGGUUUAGCUCGUCUGGUAGGCUUGUGUCACUGGGCAGCUCGCGGCUGUGCUUCCCUUUGUAGUCUGUAAUAGUUUUCAAGCCCUGCCACAUCCGACGAGCGUCAGAGCCAGUGUAGUGCGAUUCAAUCUUAGUCCUGUAUUGACUCUUUGCCUGUUUGAUGGUUCGUCGGAGGGCAAGAUCUCACCCCGUGGGGUCAAAAUGAUCACAAGAACGGUGAGCAAAUAUCUAUUUUGGUUUCAUCUGACCAUAUGACAUUCUCCCAAUCCUCUUCUGGAUCAUCCAAAUGCACUCUAGCAAACUUCAGACGGGCCUGGCUUAAGCAGGGGGACACGUCUGGCACUGCAGGAUUUGAGUCCCUGGCGGCGUAGUGUGUUACUGAUGGUAGGCUUUGUUACUUUGGUCCCAGCUCUCUGCAGGUCAUUCACUAGGUCCCCCCGUGUGGUUCUGGGAUAUUUGCUCACCGUUCUUGUGAUCAUUUUGACCCCACGGGGUGAGAUCUUGCGUGGAGCCCCAGAUCGAGGGAGAUUAUCAGUGGCCUUGUAUGUCUUCCAUUUCCUAAUAAUUGCUCCCACAGUUGAUUUCUUCAAACCAAGCUGCUUACCUAUUGCAGAUUCAGUCUUCCCAGCCUGGUGCAGGUCUACAAUUUUGUUUCUGGUGUCCUUUGACAGCUCUUUGGUCUUGGCCGUAGUGGAGUUUGGAGUAUGACUGUUUGAGGUUGUGGACAGGUGUCUUUUAUACUGAUAACAAGUUCAAACAGGUGCCAUUAAUACAGGUAACGAGUGGAGGACAGAGGAGCCUCUUAAAGAAGAAGUUACAGGUCUGUGAGAGCCAGAAAUCUUGCUUGUUUGUAGGUGACCAAAUACUUAUUUUCCACCAUAAUUUGCAAGUAAAUUCAUUAAAAAUCCUACAAUGGGAUUUUCUGGAUUUUUUUUUCCUCAUUUUGUCUGUCAUAGUUGACGUGUACCUAUGAUGAAAAUUACAGGCCUCUCUCAUCUUUUUAAGUGGGAGAACUUGCACAGUUGGUGGCUGACUAAAUACUUUUUUUCCCCACUGUAUGGUCAGAUGAAACCAAAAUAGAACUUUUUGGUAAAAACUCAACUCGUCGUGUUUGGAGGACAAAGAAUGCUGAGUUGCAUCCAAAGAACACCAUACCUACUGUGAAGCAUGGGGGUGGAAACAUCAUGCUUUGGGGCUGUUUUUCUGCAAAGGGACCAGGACGACUGAUCCGUGUAAAGGAAAGAAUGAAUGGGGCCAUGUAUCGUGAGAUUUUGAGUGAAAACCUCCUUCCAUCAGCAAGGGCAUUGAAGAUGAAACGUGGCUGGGUCUUUCAGCAUGACAAUGAUCCCAAACACACCGCCCGGGCAACGAAGGAGUGGCUUCGUAAGAAGCAUUUCAAGGUCCUGGAGUGGCCUAGCCAGUCUCCAGAUCUCAACCCCAUAGAAAAUCUUUGGAGGAAGUUGAAAGUCUGUGUUGCCCAGCGACAGCCCCAAAACAUCACUGCUCUAGAGGAGGAUCUGCAUGUAGGAAUGGGCCAAAAUACCAGCAACAGUGUGUGAAAACCUUGUGAAGACUUACAGAAAACGUUUGACCUGUGUCAUUGCCAACAAAGGGUAUAUAACAAAGUAUUGAGAAACUUUUGUUAUUGACCAAAUACUUAUUUUCCACCAUAAUUUGCAAAUACAUUCAUUAAAUAUCCUACAAUGUGAUUUUCUGGAUUUUUUUUUCUCAUUUUGUCUGUCAUAGUUGACGUGUACCUAUGAUGAAAAUUACAGGCCUCUCUCAUCUUUUUAAGUGGGAGAACUUGCACAAUUGGUGGCUGACUAAAUACUUUUUUCCCCCACUGUAGAUGUACAGUGGGGAGAACAAGUAUUUGAUACACUGCCGAUUUUGCAGGUUUUCCUACUUACAAAGCAUGUAGAGGUCUGUAAUUUUUAUCAUAGGUACACUUCAACUGUGAGAGACGGAAAUCCAGAAAAUCACAUUGUAAGAUUUUAAAGUAAUUAAUUUGCAUUUUAUUGCAUGACAUAAGUAUUUGAUCACCUACCAACCAGUAAGAAUUCCGGCUCUCACAGACCUGUUAGUUUUUCUUUAAGAAGCCCUCCUGUUCUCCACUCAUUACCUGUAUUAACUCGUUACCUGUAUAAAAGACACCUGUCCACACACUCAAUCUAGCAGACUCCAACCUCUCCACAAUGGCCAAGACCAGAUAGCUGUGUAAGGACAUCAGGGAUAAAAUUGUAGACCUGCACAAGGCUGGGAUGGGCUACAGGACAAUAGGGAAGCAGCUUGGUGAGAAGGCAACAACUGUUGGCGCAAUUAUUAGAAAAUUGAAGAAGUUCAAGAUGACGGUCAAUCACCCUCGGUCUGGGGCUCCAUGCAAGAUCUCACCUCGUGGGGCAUCAAUGAUCAUGAGGAAGGUGAGGGAUCAGCCCACAACUACACGGCAGGACCUGGUCAAUGACCUGAAGAGCGCUGGGACCACAGUCUCAAAGAAAACCAUUAGUAACACACUACGCCGUCAUGGAUUAAAAUCCUGCAGCGCACGCAAGGUCCCCCUGCUCAAGCCAGCGCAUGUUCAGGCCCGUCUGAAGUUUGCCAAUGACCAUCUGGAUGAUCCAGAGGAGGAAUGGGAGAAAGUCAUGUGGUCUGAUGAGACAAGAAUAUAGCUUUUUGGUCUAAACUCCACUCGCUGUGUUUGGAGGAGGAAGAAGGAUGAGUACAACCCCAAGAACACCAUCCCAACCGUGAAGCAUGGAGGUGGAAACAUCAUUCUUUGGGGACACACAGCCAGGGCAACUAAGGAGUGGCUCCGUAAGAAGCAUGUCAAGGUCCUGGAGUGGCCUAGCCAGUCUCCAGACCUGAACCCAAUAGAAAAUCUUUGGAGGGAGCUGAAACAUUUUCCAUCUAGAUAGAACUGCCAAAGGGGGGCGGCGUUGCAAUCUGCUGUAGAGAUAUCAUAUCAUACUAUCCAGGUCUGUGCCCAAACAGUUUGAGCUUCUACUUCUAAAAAUCCACCUUUCUAGAAAUAAGUCUCUCACUGUUGCCGCUUGCUACAGACUCCCCUCAGCCCCCAGUUGUGCCCUGGACACCAUAUGUGAAUUGCUUGCCCCCCAUCUAUCCUCAGAGUUCGUACUGCUUGGUGACCUAAACUGGGAUAUGCUUAACACCCCGGCCGUCCUACAAUCUAAACUAGAUGCCCUCAAUCUCACACAAAUUAUCAAGGAACCUACCAGGUACAACCCUAAAUCUGUAAACAUGGGCACCCUCAUAGAUAUCAUCCUGACUAAUUUACCCUCUAAAUACACCUCCGCUGUCUUCAACCAGGAUCUCAGCGAUCACUGCCUCAUUGCCUGCGUCCGUAAUGGGUCUGUGGUCAAACGACCACCCCUCAUCACUGUGAAACGCUCCCUAAAACACUUCAGCGAGCAGGCCUUUCUAAUUGACCUGGCCCGGGUAUCCUGGAUGGAUAUUGACCUCAUUCCGUCAGUAGAGGAUGCCUGGAUGUUCUUCAAAAGUGCUUUCCUCUCCAUCUUAAAUAAGCAUGCCCUAUUAAAAAAAUUCAGAACUAAGAACAGAUAUAGCCCCUGGUUCACCCCAGACUUGACUGCCCUUGACCAGCACAAAAACAUCCUGUGGCGUACUGCAUUAGCAUCGAACAGCCCCCGCGAUAUGCAACUUUUCAGAGAAGGCAGGAACCAAUAUACACAAUCAGUUAGGAAAGCAAAGGCUAGCUUUUUCAAACAUAAAUGUGCAUUCUGUAGCACUAACUCCAAAAAGUUUUGGGACACUGUAAAGUCCAUGGAGAAUAAGAGCACCUCCUCCCAGCUACCCACUGCACUGAGGCUAGGAAACACUGUCACCACCGAUAAAUCUACGAUAAUCAAGAAUUUCCAUGCUUUCCACCUGGCUACCGCUACCCCGGCCACCAGCUCUGCACCCUCCGCUGCAACUUGCCCAUGCCCCCCCCGCUUCUCCUUCACCCAAAUUCAGAUAGCUGAGGUCCUGAAAGAACUGUAAAAUCUGGACCCUACAAAUCAGCUGGGCUAGACAAUCUGGACCCUUUCUUUCUAAAAUUAGCUGCCGAAAUUGUCGCAACCUCUAUAACUAGCCUGUUCAACCUCUCUUUUGUAUCGUCUGAGAUCCCCAGAGAAUGGAAAGCUGCCGCGGUCAUCUCCAUCUUCAAAGGGGGUGACACUCUAGAUCCAAACUGUUACAGACCUAUAUCCAUCCUGCCCUGCCUUUCGAAAGUAUUUGAAAGCCAAGUUAACAAACAGAUCACCGACCAUUUCGAAUCCCACCGUACCUUCUCCGCUAUGCAAUCUGGAUUCCGAGCUGGUCAUGGGUGCACCUCAGCCACGCUCAAGGUCCUAAAUGAUAUAAUAACUGCGAUCGAUAAAAGACAGUACUGUGCAGGCGUCUUUAUCGACCUGGCCAAGGCUUUUGACUCUGUCAAUCACCGCAUUCUUAUUGGCAGACUAAAUAGGCUUGGUUUCUCAUAUGACUGCCUCGCCUGGAUCACCAACUACUUCUCAGAUAGAGUUCAAUGUGUCAAACUGGAGGGCCUGUGGUCUGGACCUCUGGCAGUCUAUGGGGUGCCACAGGGUUCAAUUCUCGGGCCGACUCUAUUCUCUGUGUAUAUCAAUGAUGUUGCUCUUGCUGCUGGUGACUCUCAGAUCCACCUCUACGCAGACGGCACCAUUUUGUAUACAUAUUUCCCUUCAUUGGACACUGUGUUAACAAACCUCCAAACGAGCUUCAAUGCCAUACAACACUCCUUCAGUAGCCUCCAACUGCUCUUAAACGCUAGUAAAACUAAAUGCAUGCUCUUCAAUCGAACGCUGCUGGCACCCGCCCGCCCGACUAGAAUCACUACUCUCGGCGGGUCUGACUUAGAAUAUGUGGACAACUACAAAUACCUAGGUGUCUGGUUAGACCAUAAACUCUCCUUUCAGACUCAUAUUAAGCAUCUCCAAUCCAAAGUUAAAUCUAGAAUCGGCUUCCUAUUUCGCAACAAAGCCUCCUUCACUCAUGCUGCUAAACAUGCCCUCGUAAAACUGACUAUCCUACCGAUCCUUGACUUCGGCGAUGUCAUUUACAAAAUAGCUUCCAACACUCUACUCAGCAAAUUGGAUGUAUUAUAUCACAGUGCCUUCCGUUUUGUCACCAAAGCCCCAUAUACUACCCACCAUUGUGACCUGUACGCUCUCGUUGGCUGGCCCUCACUACAUAUUCGUCACCAAACCCACUGGCUCCAGGUCAUCUAUAAAUCACUUAUAGGCAAAUCCCCGCCUUAUCUUAGCUCAUUGGUCACCAUAGCAACACCCACCCGCAGUAUGCGUUCCAGCAGGUAUAUCACUGGUCAUCCCCAAAGCCAACACCUCCUUUGGCCACCAUUCCUUCCAGUUCUCUGCUGGAAAUGACUGGAACGAACUGCAAAAAUCUCUGAAGCUGGAGACACUCACUAACUUUAAGCAUCAGUUGUCAGAGCAGCUUACCGAUCACUGCACCUGUACACAGCCCAUCUGUAAUUAGCCCACCCAACUACCUCAUCCCCAUAUUGUUAUUUACAUUGUUAUUUAUUUUGUUCAUUUGCACCACAGUAUCUCUAUUUGCACAUCAUCUUCUGCACAUCUAUCACUCCAGUGUUAAUACUAAAUUGUAAUUAUUUUGCACUAUGGCCUAUUUAUUGCCUUACCUCCAUAACUACUACAUUUGCACACACUGUAUAUAGAUUUUCUAUUGUGUUAUUGACUGUACGUUUUGUUUAUUCCAUAUGUAACUCUGUGUUGUUGUUUUUAUCGCACUGCUUUGCUUUAUCUUGGCCAGGUCGCAGUUGUAAAUGAGAACUUGUUCUCAACUGGCUUACCUGGUUAAAUAAAGGUGAAAUAAAAUAAAAUAAAAAUAAUGACAAAGCAAAAACACGUUUUUACAGCCUCGAGUCUUCUUGGGUAUGACGCUACAAGCUUGGUACACCUGUAUUUGUGGAGUUUCUCCCAUUCUUCUCUGCAGAUCCUCUCAAGCUCUGUCAGGUUGGAUGGGGAGCGUCGCUGCACAGCUAUUUUCAGGUCUCUCCAGAGAUGUUCGAUUGGGUUCAAGUCCGGGCUCUGGCUGGGCCACUCAAGGACAUUGAGACUAUGUCCCAAAGCCACUUCUGCGUUGUCUUGGCUGUGUGCUUAGGGUCGUUGUCCUGUUGGAAGGUGAACCUUCGCCCCAGUCUGAGGUACUGAGCACUCUGGAGCAGGUUUUCAUCAAGGAUCUCUCUGUACUUUGCUCCAUUCAUCUUUCCCUCGAUCCUGACUUGUCUCCCUGCCGCUGAAAAACAUUCCCACAGCAUGAUGCUGCCACCACCAUGCUUCACCGUAGGGAUGGUGCCAGGUUUCCUCCAGACGUGACGCUUGGCAUUCAGGCCAAAGAGUUCAAUCUUGUUUUCAUCAGACCAGAGAAUCUUGUUUCUCAUGGUCUGAGAGUCCUUUAGAUGACUUUUUUGCAAACGCCAAGUGGGCUGUCGUGCCUUUUAUUGAGGAGUGGCUUCUAUCUGGCUACUCUACAAAGGCCUGACUGGUGGAAUGGUGCAGAUAUGGUUGUCUUUCUGUAAGGUUAUUUUAAUAAAUUUGUUGAUAUGAAUAUGAACAAUAUGAACAUCUUGCUGGCUUUGCCUAAACUUAGUCCUCUAAUCGUUGUACAGGUCUUUCCGGGAGCAGUACCUGGAGGGGCUGGUGCUAUGGCUGGGGCUGGAUGAGUCGGUGAUGCCCGUCAUGGGGGCCUUUCUGGCAGGCCUGGGAUUCGAGGGCAGCGACACCUUCCUCUCCAUCCUUCAGGCUGAGCCACUACUGUCUGCACGGGCCACUCCCAUCACACAGGUGGGUUCGGUCACUGCCUUGCACAUAUCCAAUCAAAUGCUGGAAUGAUUAAUCAGUGUAUUGGUGAUAUGACCAUGCUCUCUCUUUUUUGCACAAGUGACCUACAUGUAACUUAUUAUAUUUGUGGCCCAGCACUUCAAAACAAAGUAAGCUUUGGGCAUACUGUCACUUCUAAGAUCAUUCACAAGUUCCUUGUGUCAUUCUCUCUCACUCACAGGACCUUGUGUCUUUUUCCAUCAAAGAUGGUAAGUAGCUUACAUUAAUUAGUUAGUAGAGUUGGCCUUCAUCAAAACUGGAAAGUUCAUAAAGUACUAACAAUGUCUCUGAAUGUGACCAAAACAUACUUUGAUCCCAGGCCUGUACGACUCCAGAUCACGAGUCCUAAUUCGCCAUGUCAGCUGUCUACUGCGAGUGUCCCCUCAGCAACUGGAGGAGUUUGAGGCGACGCUGGGUGAACGACUGAGAGAGGGAGUGGUGGAGAGCGCGUAAGUGAGGGAGAGAAGAAUGAAUAAAAACUAGUUUCCCUAGUCAUGAAGAUGUUUAAACUAGAUAAAAUGUUUAUCUAUGUUGGUGGCAGUGUGAUUUUUGCAUGGGUAAUUACAUUCAGUGUACUCUCUUUUAUGUGUCAUUGCUUUGCCUCAGGACUGACUACAACAGUAAGUUUGUUUAUCCUUUAUGGUCUACUUGGUUUGGUUUCAGUAGGGAAUGACCCUGUGGUGAAACAUGUAUUCAUAAACUGUAGUACUUCCGUCACAUUGUAAACAUUGUCGUUGAGUAGCCUAUAUGAAUCCACCAAUACAUCUAUUGUUUAUAGACCAUUAUGCAUCUCGCUGUAUAUUCAGAUGCUCUUCUUUCUUUUAUCUCUCAGAGAGGAUUCAUCUCGGCGACGGACAAAAGAGAGAGGACGUAAAUUACGACGCUACCUCCUCAUUGGCCUGGCCACUGUGGGUGGAGGAGCUGUGAUUGGUCAGUGCCUUAACUUGGGCCAAUCGCUAGUAUUAGAGGCAGCAUUGAGAAAUUCAAAUUUGUUGUAUUACUCACUCAUUAGCAAAUUAUGCCAUUAUUUAAUGUAGGUGUGACGGGCGGGUUGGCGGCACCACUGGUGGCGGCGGGGGCAUCGGCCGUACUAGGGGCAGGAGGGGCGGCUGCUCUGGGCUCAGCCACUGGCAUCGCCAUCAUGGCCUCCCUGUUUGGAGCAGCAGGGGCUGGCUUAACUGGUGAGAUCACUGGGAGAUGAAUGGGCUUUGGCAGUGUAUGAAGAUAGUUUGUCUCCUUUUUAAUUUGAGAUAGGUAGUCUCCUUUUUAAAUUUUUUGUUUGAGAUCAGAAUCUCUUUCCUGCUAUCAUUUACCUUAUUGUCUCACUCGUUCUUUCUCUGUCUCUCUCUAGGCUAUAAGAUGAAUAAGCGGGUGGGAGCAAUAGAGGAGUUUGAGUUUCUGCCACUGAGCUCAGGGAAGCACCUACACCUGACUGUGGCUGUGACCGGCUGGCUGUGCACUGGCAAAUACAGUGAGCAAGCAUAACCUCUCACCAGUCUCACUGUAGAAUCUACCAUCAAUACUAACAUCAAACUGUGUCCACGUACACUGACGGCCACUUAAAGACUACCAAGGUCAUCUACUGUACAUACUUUACAAACCCAUGGAGGCAAAAAGUAGGAGAAUCUUGACUGAACAGAAAGUUGCAAUGUUAUUCAUAUCACUGAUAUGAUAGCGAAUUGAAAAAAUGCAACUGAUAAAGAUUUUCCAUAUCGGUGUCCAUCACUAUUAAAAUUAAUAGUUUCAUGGGACGUACAUUAUAUCACUUACCGGUAUCCACUUUGCUGAACUCACGUGUCCUGUCCUCUCUCCCACCCUCAGGUUCGUUCCAGGCUCCUUGGUGCAGUCUGGGUGCGUGCGGAGAGCAGUACUGUCUGGUGUGGGAGUCUCGUUUCCUCAGGGACCUGGGUUCCACCAUGGCUGCUCUUCUCGACGGCCUGGUCAGCAUGGUGGCCCAGGAGGCCCUCAAGUACACUGUGCUGUCAGGUAGGUCAUCUGUUCUAUCACACCAAGCCUCACCACUGGCUAGUUAAAAAAUAUAUAUUAAGGACAGUGGAAUUCCACUAAAUUGUUUUAUUCAGACAGACAUUGCAUUGAAAUGAGAGGGAAGACAUAGAGAGGGAUACAUUCAGAGUAGCUGGUUGAACAGAUGAUGCCUUCUGUUGAUCUUGUCAAGGGGAGGCAUAUUUUUAGGGGUUACGAUAUCUUGUACUGAAAAUGCCAUCAAUAGGGAUGACGUCGUGAUGCGGAGGCUUGUCUGAUAGAACGUCGGCAACAGCUGUUAGAAAGAAGCCUUAGGGUUCCUUUGACAUUUGUGUGGGUGGAAAUAAGUGGCCAUGUGAGCUUAUAUGCAAGCAUUGUGACUGAGUUAAAUGAGCCUUUUUUUAGAUGAAUGGGAUUUUGUAGUAGGCUACACCAUUGAGAAUUCUUUCCAGUUUCACCAAGGAGUUCAAGGACAAACUUUGAACAUGGCACUCACUCAAUGUAUCCUGUACUGUAGAAACAAAGUCUACAUUAAUUUUCAUUUCAAGUUAAACUUUUCCAUGAACAUAGCAGGUUUGAUUGAUUGUUGAUUUCCAACUAGCAUCCUAAAUUCUAAAGAGUGUUGUCCUCCAGUCUCAUAUAUAGCCUAGCAACCCUCCACUACUGAACAUUUCUUUCCCCUACUUGUCCCUGUCUAGGUAUUGUGACUGCGCUUACAUGGCCUGCCUCUCUACUUGCGGUGGCCAGUGUUAUAGACAAUCCCUGGUCUGUGUGUCUUAGUCGCUCAGCCGAGGUGGGAAAACACCUAGCGCAGGUGUUGAGGAGUAGGCAGCAGGUAUGCUUCUCACUUCUGAGAACAGCUAACACCACACACCAGCAUGACCACUCAGUAGGAUUCAAUCCUGUUGAAACAGGGAUCUCUUGUUAAUUACAUUUCUAAAUACUAAUAUGUUCAAGGUAGGUAGCUUAGUGCUUAAGAGCGUUGUGCCAGUAACCGAAAGGUCGCUGGUUCUAAUCCCCGAGCCGACUAGGUGAAAAAUCUGUCGAUGUGCCCUUGAGCAAGGCACUUAACCCUAAUUGCUCCUGUAAGUCGCUCUGGAUAAGAGCGUCUGCUAAAUGACUAAAAAAUUAAAUUAAAUAAAUAAAAAUAUACAGUGCCCUCCGUAAUUAUCGGGACAGUGAAGCAUUUAUUCCUCUUUUGGCUCUAUACUUAAAAAGUUUGGAUUUUAAAUCAAACAAUGACUAUGAGGUUAAAGUGCAGACUGUCACCUUUAAUUUGAGGGUAUUUACAUCUCUAUCGGGUGAACUGUUUAGAAAGUACAUAGUCACCCCAUUUUAGGGGAGCAAAAGUAUUGGGACAAAUUCACUUAUGUGUAUUAUUAUUCACGAUUCAUUCAGGAUUAUCCAUAAUCAUGGUAGCAUCCACAUUAAUGUAGAAGUGUUUAGAAAAAUAUUUAUUUACAAUAAAAGUGACUCCAAAAUGGCACAGUACAUUAUUUACCAUUAAUUUCGAUUGGGCACAAAAUAAUCUGAAACAACCUAAACAAAGAGCAAAUGCAUCCAACUGUCACAAGCUUGAGUCAUUGCGUGCUAUGAAUAUGGGAAGAAAUACUUAACUUUGUACUACUUUAAUAUACAUAAGUGAAUUUGUCCCAGUACUUUUUCUUAUGUACAAACACUGCUGUAAUUUCUAAAUGCUUCACCCGAUAUGGAUGAAAAUACCCUCAAAUUAAAGCUGACUGUCUGUCUGCACUUUAACCUCAUAGUUAUUGUUUGAUUUUUCAUUAUUGAGCCAAAAGAAAAAUGCUUCACUGUCCGACUAAUUACGGAGGACACUGUAGCUGUAAUUAGGGCUGGGCGAUAUAUCAAAUUAAUUUGAAUUAUGUUUGAGACGCAUUUGGAAUAUUGUGCUAUCGCAAUAAUGGAGUUUAAUUUAAUUUUUGUAUGAACGUUUAUGUCCACUUGUUCUCAUGUCUUUUUUGUCUCGUCUCCUUCGCUCCUUCUGCUGUGACUGUGCACGUUCCCAUUUACACACACACACACCAAGCCCCUGCCACUCACAACAACAAAGAUGAGAGAUCACUUCUUCCUCUCUGACAAGCGGUUUCAACUCGCUAUUUGCAUUUGAGGUUUGGUCCAACAGUUGAGACAUUAUUUUACUGUAAUAGAAUUUAACCUUUCUAACAAUGCCCUUUUUAUGUCUCAACUCCUCAAAUUGCACUCAGAGCAUACACUACUAAAACAGGAGUAUCAACUAACAUUGAUUCUGGAAAAUAAAUGCUCAGUGUGUCGCGUGCGGCAUUGAGGUACUACCGCUAGCAGCAUUUUAGCCAAAGAUUGUUAUACUAGAUGUCUAGUCUUGUUUCGGCCGAGGCUGCUCCUCCUCCUUGUUCGGGCAGGCUUCGGCGGUCGUCGUCCCCGGAGUACUAGCUACCACCGUUCGAUGUUUCAUGUUUGUUUGGUUUUGUCUGUUUGUACACCUGUCCCUUGUUAGUGUUUGAUUUUGUUUCCUAUUUAGUUAUCGUGUGUUGGGUCAGGUGUUAUGUGUGAUUGUUAUGUCAGCUGUUGCUGUUGAUGGGUUUUCUCUCUCGUGUUGUUUGUGUCGAGAGUCCGCACUGCGUGCGCCUUUUCUUGUUUUUACGCACUGUUGUGUGUGUGCGUAAUUUGUUCAUGCCUCCCGGUUGGGUUGGCUAUUCACCUGUUUGGAGUUACUAUUUUGGAUUACUAAAGUCUGUUGACGAACACCCUUGUUCCUGCGCUUGAUUCCCUGCACCACAUCCACACUCAGCGUUCUGACAGAAUCACACAUCAACCCAUGGAAUCAGCAGGAGCAACCGUGCCAACAGACAUUAUGGAGGACCGUCUUCGUGGGCAGGAGGACAGGAUCAACCAGAUCGGUCACGCCCUGGAUCGGGUGAUGAACACUCUCCACCGAUGGGAAAGCAGCGGGGUACCUACCAUGAUUAUGGAUAAUCCUGAAUGAAUCGUGAAUAAUAAUACACAUAAGUGAAUUUGUCCCAAUACUUUUGCUCCCCUAAAAUGGGGUGACUAUGUACUUUCUAAACAGUUCACCCGAUAGAGAUGUAAAUACCCUCAAAUUAAAGGUGACAGUCUGCACUUUAACCUCAUAGUCAUUGUUUGAUUUAAAAUCCAAACUUUUUAAGUAUAGAGCCAAAAGAGGAAUAAAUGCUUCACUGUCCCGAUAAUUACGGAGGGCACUGUAUAUUUUUAUUUAUUUAAUUUAAUUUUUUAGUCAUUUAGCAGACGCUCUUAUCCAGAGCGACCUUUCGGUUACUGGCACAACGCUCUUAAGCACUAAGCUACCUACCUUGAACAUAUUAGUAUUUAGAAACUGACAAGUCUGUGUUUUAUAAGUGUGCAAUAAGCAUAAAACACAAUUAUAUAAGGAAUUGCCAACUUGGUAGGUAGCCCACUUGAUUUCAACAUCUGAACAAAGUGGACAGGCUAGCAUGCUGUUCAAACAGUUGGAGAUGGACAGAAGGGUGUGUUCACAACAGUUCAACUGUUCUACCUUGUUAGCUAGCAAACAGUGUUGGCAACUAUUUUUCAGUGAGAUCCGCUAUUGGCUCCUUGAUCUGUCGCUAGAUUACGUUUUGCCGUGACGUCACAGCACCAAUUUGCCUUGCUGCGGUCCCCGACGUAGAUUUUCACCCACUCUCCUGCUGCACACCCCCUCCCCUUGUGCUUCUUUGCAUGUGUGCGCAGUUGCUGUGACUUCUGUUGCACAGACAGCUUCUUCUAAAUGCAUUUCAAAACCAUAGUAACCCUUGGUGUCAAAACUCCCCAAAGGCUGCCUGAAAAGUAACUGAAUUUGUCGCUAGAAUCUUUUACGAAUACAAGUCGCUGGAGGGCUAUGAAAACUGGCAAAAUAUAUCGACAACGUCGCUAAAUUGGCAACAAGUUGGCUAAACUUGAAAUAUAAAGAUUAGCUGGCUACUCACUAGCACAUGGGCUUGUGCUUGAGAGAUUGUGUAUGAGACCAGUGUUAUGCCUGCUACAAGAAGUUAGUCAUUAUUAGUGAAUGUGCAUUAUGCAUGGUUCUGGUAAAAUUUGAGACAGAAAGGGCAUUUUCAUAGACUUGAAAGCCAGAUCAGUGAUUAUUGCAGAAAAGCUGGUUAAACCAUUUUGAGAAAAUAAUUAAAUUAUUAGUCGGUCUUAUGGUUGCGGAAGGCUUAUAUUUAUCCUAGGUAUAAUUUCACAAGCCCUGAAUUCAUUAGAUUAUUGCAGACUGUUUGAAAUGCAGUGUACAACAAAACGUAAAAAUAUCGUGAAAAUCCCGUAAAUGAAAACAAAAUCCAUAUAUAUGAUUUUUAUGCCAUAUCGCAGAGCCCUAGCUGUAAUGGUCAUUGGAGUUUCAACAUCCACAUUGAAGGUUUUACAAUUAACAUGUCUUUAUACAACUAAAGUAAAAUUUUAUAGAUUUGUUUGCUGUAGAUGUGUUUACAAUUAUCUGAAAGCCUAUGUCAUGAUGUUUGUUGUGUCAACAAAUCAGCAUUGGUGUUAACAUUUUUAAAGGGGAAGCGUCCUGUCAGUCUCAUUGGCUUCAGUCUUGGAGCGAGGGUUAUCUACUUCUGCCUUCAGGAACUUGCCAAAGAUCAAGGUAUAACAUGCACACUAAACCCUUGCCUGACUUUAUACAUACUAUAGACUGUAACAAGCCUAACAAUAGUCAAAUUGUAUUGUUGCAUUUAACUGCAAUGCCUACAGAGAAUUUGCAUAUUCAUCUAGGUAUGCUUUUGAUCUAUUAAUCAAAAUAUUCAUUUUUGUGAGAUAUUUUUGCCAGAUACAUGUCACUGCUUCCACACACACACACAACUGCAAUACAGAACUGUUCAAAUUAACAAUAUGUCUCUCUUUCCAUCCUUCUGUUGUACAUGGUCUCAGGCUGUGAGGGCGUGGUGGAGGAUGUUGUCCUAUUGGGUGCCCCAGUAGAUGGCACCGCCCAAGCCUGGGAGAGAAUGGCCAAGGUUGUCGCUGGGAAGAUAGUGAAUGGAUACUGCAGGUGAGAAAUAAAUCCUAUCCCAUCUUACCUUGGGGGGCGAGAUUGUUAUCUGGGUGAUGUAAAAUAUGUAUACAGCAAGUUUUGAAUUUGAGCUAUUUUCAAACAGAAAUGAAUGUAUAUGACCAUUUCGAUAUUAGAUUAUAUUUUCAUAUGCACGCAUUCUUUAUCUAUUAGGAAUGGCAUAAAUAAGCAUAUAAAUUAUUUAGUCUCUUCAUUGAUAAAGGUAGCACAUUCAUGAUACAAAGGUGCAGUGGUUUUUAUUAAUUGGUCCAUCUACCUGUCAGAGGGGACUGGCUACUGGGAUACGUGUACAGGGGUUCAUCGGCACAGCUGUCUGUUGCAGGGCUUCAGCCAAUCAGCUUGAAUGAUCGCCGCAUAUUCAACGUGGAUCUAUCUUCUGUGGUGAGUUAGACUAUUGUACCUCAAUUAGUCAUUUCUAAAUUAAAAGUGGUAGCUCGCUACAUUUCAAUGACUACCAGGUGUGAGCAGAUGGAGAAUUCACACAACUGUGCAGUACCAACUAGCCUGGUGAUGCUUUCAUCCUAUAAACCGCCGUUGUAGCUUCAUGAUGCUACAGGCCUCAAUGACUCCACAGCCUUGGGAAUGGAAUUAGAGGUCAAGCUAUUGAGAUCUGAAGACGUUUACUAUUGAGCUGCUGGGAGGCAUUGAUUGCGUGAGUUUUUCAGCAGACAAGGUUGAGGGAUGAGAUUACUUCUAGCUACACAAUGGCUGUGUGUUCAAUAGUACUUUUUUUUUUUUUUAUCCAGUUUUUUUUUUGUCAUUUAGCAGACGCUCUUAUCCAGAGCGACUUACAGUGAGUGCAUACAUUAUUAUUUUUUAUUUUUCAUACUGGCCCCCCUUGGGGCCAUUUCAGUUGGUGUCAGGCAAACUUGUACUUUCUCUUUUUUGCCAAUACUGUCUCUAAAACCUUUUAUUACUACAACAUAAUAGACAUGGAUUCAUAAUGCACCAUUUAUUUAAAGUUGAAGGAAAACUAUGUUAAGGUAACUGCAGGUUGUACUGUCAGUUCACAGCCAGGCUUAGGUAUUCAGCCACCACCCCCAUGGACUUGUCAUAUGAAAAGACAACCUUUGACAGAAAAUCAUCAUGGUAGAUGCACAAAGGACAUGUACAACUUGGAGAUCAUUACAAUCUUGACGUGUUGAAUAGGGUCGGGACGAUACCAGUAUCACGGCAAGAAAACAAAACACGAGGCAUCAUUACAUCAUUAUGUUGUUAUUACAUCAUUUAUUUAUUUUCCAAGCUAUAGCACACAAUGUUUUACAUACAGCAGGUUUUUAGAGGACCAAAGAGUUUGGUCUGCUUCGUGUUUUUCAUUUUUGCCAUGGAAUAAAUAUUGCGAUACUGGUAUUGUCCCGGCCCUAGUGUUUGAAUGGAAAUUAUGGAACUCUACAGCAUUAUGUUUUACAUAAUGUUGUUUGCUGUAAAUAAAGUGGCCUAUUCAUGGCAAAACUUCAGUUGCACAAUGUGAAAUCUAUAAAGUGUAAAGUAAUGUCCAGUUAUUAAAACAAGUCCACGGUAUGUUUUGAAUUUCCAUCGGUAAAGGGGUGAAAAUGUGUCCAGAAAGCCCACUUUUCCUUCUCCGAACAUAUUCAAAUGCUUUUAACCCCCCCUCCCCAUUCUUUUAGGUGAAAGGUCACUUGGACUACAUGCGUCAGAUGGAUACCAUCCUCGUAGCAGUGGGCGUGCCCACCAGAGAAGUUCCAGGAGCUGGGGGCGGACCUCUUCAGCCACUCACUAUGACCGAGAGAGAACUGGACAUAGCCAUGGUCCAAUCAGCACCAGGGGAAGUGGCUGAAGAGCAAAAACUGGUUGGUUCUUCGGCUGGAGCAGAUGAGACUUGCAUGGGUGAGGGAGGGCAGCUGGAGGAAAAAGAAGAUAUGGGAGACGGUUGGGAUAUCCCUGACAUAUCAGAUCUGUUGGACUCGCUAAACGAGAUCGAUGUUGUUCCAACUGAAAACAGUGUUGAGGGUAACCUGCAACAGAGUUCUGAGGGGAAUGCCACCCAUAGGGACAACGGUGUAUCUUCCCAUCUAGAGUUUGAUGGAUGGGGAAAGGAGGAGGAGGAGGAGGAGGAGGAGGAAUGGGGAGAGGGAGUAGAGGGGACAGAGUGUGACACUGAACACACAUCCUGGAGUUGGGAGGACACACGCUGGACUCCUGAGCACAAACACAUGGGACCAAACAAGCGGACA